AUGAGCCUCCCGCCGCACUGGUGCUCCAUCUGCGGGAAAGAUCUUCAGUCCGCGAGGUCGCUGGCCGAGCACGAGGCCGGCAGGAAGCACCGGCGCAGGGCGGGGUUGCCGGUGCGGCCCCGACGCCGCUGGGCGCCGCUGACGGAGGAGGAGCUCUUCGACGGCCUCGCCGCCGGCACCUACAGGCGGGUCGUGGUCUGCACCGGCGCGGGCGUAUCGGUCGCGGCCGGCAUUCCCGACUUCCGAUCGAAAAGGAGGCUUAUUCGAAACGAUCCGCUCGCGCUUCGGGGACCGCUUUCCGGAGGUGCUUUCGCGCCCGGAGACGCUCCUGUCGCGCUCCUUCGUGACCCGGCAUCCCGACGCGUGGCGCGACGAGAUCUCGCCGUGGCUCGCGACGUGGAAGCAAAGUGCGGCGCGGCCGACGUCCACGCAUCAUUUCUGCCGCUGGCUCCACGACCAGGGCGUGCUGGCGCGCCUCUACACGCAGAACGUGGACGGCCUGCACACGCACGAGGACCUCUUCACGGCAACGUGGGCGGAGAAGGUCGUCGAGUGCCACGGCUCGAUACGCGACGGGUCGAUUGUGCUCUACGGCGACGCGUUGCCGCCGAGAGUCGCCCACUGCCUCGCGGAGGACUUUGGCGCCGGGAGUAGUGAUGUUGACCUGGUGCUCGUCUUCGGCACGAGCCUCCAGGUCGCGCCCUUCUGCGCCAUCCCGAACCUCGCACCGCGCGGCUGCGCGCGCGUGCUGGUCAACCUCGCCAUCGACGACUGCCUGGCCAACGCGUGGAGCCGCGCGCCGUCUCGCCAGAAGCACCUGCGUCUCGACUGCUACGGCGGGCCCGGCCAUUGCGGCGUCGGGCAUGCCUGCUCGAUGAAGCUGGCCGGUCGCGCGGUCCAGCUCGGCGCGUUGUGGACCGACGAUCGGAGGUGGCGGCAGCUCCUCUGCGGAGAGGCCUGCGACGCGUGGGCGGCGCGCUUCUUCGCGAGCACGGCCUGUGCGGCUCGAGGGCAUAGUCCUCCGGCGGGACUUCGGCGUGCUCACGGUGUCGGUGCAGGCGAAGAAGGGUCUGGUGACGAAGAAGGACCGGCAGGCGUUCUCGAGCGCGCUCUAGCAAGUAAGUUGUUGUGAGUUGUUUCGAAUCGUACCGUGGGCUAGCUAGUCCUCAGCACGAGUGCAAGAACGGGGGCACGAUCGUGACGGUCGAGUGCAAGAACGGGGACACGUACCGCGGGUUCCUGGACGAGACGGAGGACAACAUGAACUGCAUCCUGAAGGACGCGACGCGGACCGACGCCAAGGGGAACAAGACAGCCGUCGAGCACAUCUUUUUGCGGGGUCGCAGAUCGCGUUCUUCGUGUUCCCCAACAUGCUGAAGAAGGCGCCGAUGUUCAAGCGCGUCCGGGACUGGAAGCGGAACAACUCGAAACGGCGGCCGGUCCAGGGGGGGCAGGCGCGCGGCCAGGCCGCGGCGAUCAUCCGGAAGGCGCAGCUGCGGCAGCAGCAGCAGAUGCAGAUGCUCCAGGCGGGGCCGCCCCGAUGA